GCGCCGGGCACGGCCGGGAGUGUUACGUUGCCGCAUCUGCGGUUUGCGCCUGGCACCUUUUGUUCAGUUCGCCAUCUUGCUCUCGUGUGACGCCUGUGUUGUCGACUGUACGCCGUUUAAGGGGCUCGCCGCUCGCGCAACAUUCAACAGUGUGCGCCGCCGACACGGCUGCGCUUUUGGCCCGUCCCGAGACACGUUUUCCUGUCCGUCGGACAGUUUGCAGCCCCAGCCGCCGUUUCGCACAGGGACGACGAGAAAGCCAAAAGAUGGAAACGGCACCAAGAAAACGUGGUCGACCAAGAGUAGUUAAAAUGGAGAAACGUAGCCCAGAACCUGAAGAUUUAGAAGCAAUAUUACAAGAUAUAGAUGAUGACGCUAUUGAUGAUUAUGAUUACAUUCCAAAUGGUGUAGACUACGAAGUUAUCAAAAAUAAAAAAAAUAUCAACAAUAAUGAAGAUGUGUAUGACUUUGAUGUAGAAAAGGAAGAUGGGCCUGGCAUAAUAAAACCAGAAAUAGUUCCUGAACCCGAUCCACAAGAACAUGCUUGUAAUAUAUGUCCGAGGACAUUCAAAACCCUCCCUGGUUUAAAAAGACAUAAGACAUCACAUGAUCGGAAACCUCAAGAACCCACUGUUUUGAAUGAUGAUUCAAUGAAGAAAGAAUUAAAUAACUGUGACUGUUGUGGUGAAGAUUUAGCUACUGCUCAUACGAAUGGUGAUUUCGAAUGUUAUGAUUGUGGAAACUUUUUUAAAUUAAAAGUUAAUAUGGAACGCCAUCAGUUAAUGGUACAUUGUUAUGAUGACAUUUAA